UUGACAGCAGACCGUGCACUCACACUGUCAGAUCAGUCGCUGACCACUGCUGACCUUUUCAUUAACUGGAGGUAAGGACCCUGAGAGACGACCAUCAUGCCUGUGGAUCUGAACGGAUACUGGAAAAUGAUCGCCAAUGACAACUUCGAGGAGUAUCUGAAAGCUCUCGACGUGAACGUUGCCAUCAGGAAAAUCGCCACCCUGCUGAAGCCAGACAAAGACAUCACCCAUGACGGGGACCACAUCAUCAUCAAGACCCUCAGCACCUUCAAAAACUACAACAUGGACUUCUACGUGGGCAAAGAGUUUGAGGAGGAUCUGUCUGGGGUUGACGACAGGAAGUGCAUGACCACCAUCACCUGGGAGGGGGACAAGCUGGUGUGUGUGCAGAAGGGGGAGAUCGAAGGAAGAGGCUGGACUCACUGGGUGGAAGGAGACGAGCUGCAUCUGGAGCUCAGAGCUGGCGGAGUUGUUUCCAAGCAGGUCUUCAAAAAAACCUAAGAAGGAGGUUUCAUCUAAACCAACGGUGCCCCCGGCUGCAAUUGGCUCGCAUCCCGACAGCCUCCAACCUUCCAUCGACUCAUCCUCCGCCGCAACCCCUCGCUCAUCUAACAGAAAAUCAUAACCAUCGGUGCCAAUGCUUUAGUCUUUCGACGCCUAAAUCAAAGGAUGCUCCUUUGAUUUGCAUGCCUAGAUGUUGUGGGUGCAUCCAUAGAUAAAGCUGAUCUGACAGGAGAGCGACGCUGAUUGAGGGCUCUAAUGAAAGGAGGACGGAGACAGGAUUGAGCAUGUGUGAAGGCUUGUUAAGUGCCUUUCCUUCUCAUCAAGUCACUGGAAUGAAUACAAUUGUGAUAUGUGUAUAUACAUUCAAAAUGCCUUGGGAAUGUGCCAUUAAUUGCAAAAUAAAUCAAUGAAUUAAACAA